AUGACUUUUGACAAAUAUCAGAGACCGCAGCUGAUCCAGAGCCAAAAGCACCUAGAUUUGGGGCUGACUCGGACUGUGCCCAUUGUGGAUAUUGUGUAUUUUGACGACGACAACAACAGAGAAGGGGGUGUUGCUGUGCUAGCUGUCAUAUUCGAGAAUGGAAAAGCAGAGUUUUGGAAAUUUCUGGAACUCAAAGGGGGAUGGCAUCUCCUGCACACUGCGGACCUCUGCAACAGUCCCCGGGCUAAAGUCAUCUCUGUCUCGGCCAGUCCGAACUACAUCUUCUGGUGUGAGGAGAGGCCUCUAUCAGAGAGCUCCUCACCUGUCAACGCGACCAACAACUUCAGGUACUGCAUCUGCAAACGGACCUAUGAGGUGGGGGAAACAGCUGUCAGUUUAGAUGGCGUGAAAAUCGCUCUGCACAACAACCCCCGCUACAACGUCAUCAGCUCAGGUGAGAAUGUUUACCUGCUACCUGAUUUGAAAGACAAAUCCACCAUGGCCCUCUCCAAAUUCUUUCUCACGUGGUCCCCCCAGCAUGACACAUUCAGAGUGAGCAGCACCUGUAAAGGUACUCUCCUUCGAAAACACUCUCCCUCUACUAAAGAAUCCGACUUUAAGAGAUUGGUAACAGACUGCAUGGGGUACCUAUCAGCCCUUAACCCCCCAAAAAUCUAUGGCUACUCCCCUACUGGCAGUGGAGGCCUGUUACUACUGCUCAGCACAGGCUGGGUCAGUCUACUACAGAAGGAUGGGGUGUUACGACAGAUCUACAAACUAGCUGACAACUGCCUGGCCAGCAGCGGUGCCCAUAACAGCCUGAACGUGUACCAGGACACCCUGGCUCUGACCAUCGGACGGACCCUCUACCUGAUUGACACUACGUGUGGCGUAGAGCUGGAGAAGAUAGCCCUGAAGAGAGAGGGGCUGCUCUACGGGACCGAGAAGCAGGCACCACAACUGCUGUCAGAGACCGGCCUGUUUGUGGUGAUGCUCCGGGAGGGGGACCCCCAGGGCCACGACUCCGACCCCGAGCAGAAGGCCCCGUCCCUGGGUACGGGGGAGAGCAUCAGCCCCGCAGCUCUACUGGUAGAGGUAGUGUUCGAGGAGGCCUGUAAGUAUUACCAACAGAGAAGUCUCAGCAGCACUCAGCUUACUGUGGAGAAGUUAAAGAGAGGAGGGAUGUUCCAGGCUCCUAUCUCUCUGGCCAACAUCGUCAGAGACUACCUCCAGAGCGGGGAACAGAGGGGAGUGGAAUUAUCCCAGAGCGGUGCAGGGGGAGGCGGGGGAGGGCAGGAGAAGCUGCUGGGGUCCCUGGAGGCUGAACUGAAGGGGCUGGUCUCUCUAGAGGAGGUAAAGGGGGGAUUGGUGAGGGGGAAGGAGGGGGAGGUGGAGGAUGUGUGUGAGAGUCUAGUGCAGCAGGAGGUGGGGAGACUCCUCUUGUCGUCAGAGCUCGACCGAGACUCUCUACGCUACCUCAACUCCAUCUUCAGCCUGUUCCCCGGUCAGGCCUGGAGGGCCACGCAGAGCGCUCUGCAGCUACAUUGCAACGGAGAGGGCUCUCUGUCCUCUAAAGCACCCCCAGAGGUCUGGAAGACUGUCCUCAGCCCCGUACAGGCCAAUACUGUCCCCGCAAACCUGCCCUACACCAAUGGCAACAGCCAGCCUAAACACAAGUCACCCAAACCUUGCUCCAGCACCAGCCCUAGUUUGAAACCUAGCCCCAGCCUUAGCUCCAACUCCAGCCCGACUGCCGCUAACUCGGCCAUGCCCGUCUUCGAGCUCCUGUGCCACUCCGUCUUCCGCUUCCAGCCCAGCUGGCUGCCCAGGUUCCUGGAGCUAGCCGAGAAGCAGCAGACCUCGGCGAGCUUGGGGAUGGGUCUAGGCUUGGGUGGCUCCACCUGGAGAUACUCUGGAGGUAGGGGAUCAGCUGAGAACGGAGAGAGCCUGCCCCUGUAUAAACGCGCCCUGUCGGCUCUGCCUCUGCCCGGCCCCGGAUCAGACCUGAAACAAGACCCAGAUUAUGAACAAAACCAGGACUUGGAGGUGGAUCUUCUCCUGGUGAGUGGUAGACCCAACGCGGUCCUCCAGGCUCUGAGAAUCUUGAUGGGGAGACGGCAGUGGGAGAGGGUCACCGAAGUGGCCCAGAGGUUCUGCAGGCAGAGUCCCUUACUGAACAAGGAUAUCUUUACCACAUUACUGUAUGAGGUGGCCCAGCAUCGAGACUUGGAUCCAUACCUAGACCUCCUAUGGGCUCUGUGUCCUGAAGAGCUCACAGUCACGGCCAUACUCAACAUGGUGCUGAAAAAUAUACCCUCAUCAUCCUCCUCCUCAAAUGUCCCUCCCUUCUCUUCCUCCCCAUCCUCCUCUACCAUUGCUGAUCCCCAGUCCAGCCAGUUGACCAUUGGGUUGUUGAAGCCGUUGCUCAGUAGAGUUCUACAGAGAGAGACCAGGCCCAACCAACGGUAUGCUGACAUCCUCCAGUCGCCCUCGUUCCCCCCUCCCACGCCCCCUCGCCAGGCUAAAGGACUGCCCAGGGCUACCACCGAGUCUAGCAGAGGCUUAGCUCAGCAACACAAUCAUGAUGUCAUCAGCAACACGGUGGCCAUCUUGGAUCAACACAACACUUCUAAACACAGGACUGUUCCCGGGGGCAGGGUGACCUCACCUCCUUACCCCGUCUGA